AAAACAAGUUGAUGGCAAAGAAACGCGAAAUGCAUAAAAAUUCGAUCCUGGUAAUGAAUCACUCCAAACCAUUCAAAUGCUUGAUCUUUUCCAGCGUUUCUUUGCCUAUGAGUAUUUAACUAAAGCCUUUGUUGGUGUACCUGAAGCAACUUUGCUUCCUGAUGUCUCUAUAUGUUUUGCCAUCAUCGAUAUGAUCAACUAUACCAAGCUAUUUUCAAAUUAUCCCUUCUUACUUCAGGAUAUUGGGUUUCCGCGCGGAACAAGUAUUACUGCUGAUAUUGUUAAAUCUAUUCGUGGCGAGUAUUCGGAGAAUGAUUUGCUUUUAUUUUUCAUGGAGAGACUAAAGAUUAACCAGAUUUGGACUCAAAUGAUUUCCUCAAAAAGUGUUUUCAUGAAAGCAGUUACAUAUAGAGUAGAUGAAUUGGACAUAAUUGAAGAAAGUUGCCCAUUCAAGGAAUUCUUCAUUGAACAAGCCUAUUGUUAUUCAUUUAGCUGUUCAGAUGUUCAAUCAAAACAGUCUCAUCUGUAUGGACUUAUUGAACAAUAUAAAAGGCUGAACAAUCGUCAAAUUUUCACUCUAUCACUUCACCAACCCUUCUUCAAUACGAUAAAUUACUACUGGAUAGGUCUAACGGCCGUUGGGACACUUCCAAGAGGCCAACAAGUUAAAUGGGAAGCUCAAGCGGCUUACAAAAACACAAAAAGACACACAUUUUUCUUCUCUUCAAUUGAAACUCGUCUAUUGCCAGCACCUUACAAAACCAAUUGUGUAAAUUACACUGAGAAAGGUUUCCUUACCAACACUGAAAUGGCAGAUGCCUGUGAAAUCGAUUUAAGUAUGAAGCAAAUCGGCUCUCCUCUGCCUGAAAAUUUGAUUGGUAGUCCACUAGAUGCACAUUUUGGUGUACCUGUAUAUGAACACAACCGAGCAAAUUCAUCUUUUCUACAAUUGGUAUCUGACAUUGUUGACCAUUGUAGUAAAAUAACCAAGCAACCCAAUUGUCUUUCAGUUGUUUACAUUCCUUCAAGUCGUACUCCUUUACCCAUUAUGAGUAAUUAUACUGAAGUCACGGUUGAACAAGUUUCCGAUCCUAUUUAUAUUGUGGAGCUUGAAUCCAGAUUGACAAAACUUGAUGUCAUCAUUGCCAUUGGAAGUAUUCUUGGGACUUGGCUUGGUUUUUCAAUAGUAUAUUCAAUUCCUCAAUUGACUGGUUUCUUGGGAAUCAAGUUUCUCAGAUUGAAAGGCACAAGGGCAGGGAACAUGAAACAAAAGCGCAACUCAACUCUUGGGUCAGAUGUAUUUUCGACUUCAUAUCUGAAUAAAGCAAGACUGUAUGGAAUAGAAUCUUGGAAUGAUGAUUACAAACAAAAUAAAAUCAGACAUUUCCCUUCAUUUUAUGUUUACUACAAUCAACAAGCUUGGCCUAUGACAUAUCUUGAAAAACACCAUCAUUGGUGGCUUCGGCGUUAAUUUAUCUAAUAAAUUGAUCUAUUCAUCAUUCAAGGA